AUGCGACCCAAGAAAUCGAAAAAAGUUAGAAAGGCGCUCCAAAAACUUCAACGCAGUUUUUCCUUUAGGAAGCCAUUUCAGUUAUUGUUCGAUGAUGCGCUUAUGGCGCAUUUAGACAAAGUGAAGUUUCCAAUCACCGUCAUAAAUAACACUUUCGACUACCCGAAGUUAUUCACAAGCCGCUGUUUGUACAGGAAAUACCAUUCAAUGGAUAACAAAAAUGCGGUAGAAAAGGAGGAAAACUCCGCAAAUGAUCAUCAAACAGAUGAGAAUGGUGAACAUGAAUGUGACAGCAUGGCUAAUAAUUCGUCAGACACAGCAGGGACACUAAAUAUAAAUGAUGGUGUGACAAGAGGAAACGCGAAUUUAACGAAUAAUCAAAAACAUGCAGCCUCAAAAACGAAAGACAGAUUUGUAAAACACAUAGAAAUCAGAAAUUGCUUACAUAAAGGCGAUGUUGAUCCCACCGAAUGUAUGAAAAGGUUUGUUAGGAAAAGCAAUGCAAAGCAUUAUUUACUGGGAUGUGUAUCAAACAGUAGUAAGUACAAAGAUUUAAAGAAUGUGCCUUUGGUCAUAUUUAGGAGAAAUGGUACGCUCUUGCUCGAUACAGACAAUUUUGGCAGAAAAAGCAAUAGCGAGGAAUAAGGCGUCCUCCGUGUGAGAUAUUACACCAAAUGGUUGUCAUAAUGAUAGGUAUAUAAUUUAUAGCAUUUAACUUCUUAACAAGACAGCUUUAUUGUUUUGUAAAAUGGCGGUAUUGUUUCACCACUGGAAAAAGUUUAGUAUUUUAGAAUAGAAAACUCAUAAACUUAUGAUUAGCACACAAACCACGAAUCACACACGUUGAGCAGAGGAUCUCUACUUAUUAAAAUUGAUGAAGGGAUGUGUUUUUACAGUAACCAGUGUGCAAAUACAUUUUACGUAAUUCUAUACUUAUUUUCUGUGUAUGCAAUCAUUAAACGUUUACUGGCCAG